CUGGCGCUGCUGAUCCUCUCCUUCGGCUUCGCAGCCGAGGAGCUGCUGUGCGCCUGCGAUGUGCCCCACUGCAGCCUGCCCACCUGCACGGGCAAGGUGUGCUUCGUCAGCAAGAGGAAGGAGGAAGGGACCAUCACCCAGCACAGGGGCUGCUUCUCCCAGAACAUCCUGGAGAACUGCCGCACGCCCGUGACGGAGCAGUACGGCAUGAGAUGCUGCCACUCCAGCAUGUGCAACGCAGAGCUGGAGAUCUUCUUGCAAGGAGAAGAGGCCCUGGGAAAGGCACCUUCCCUGCCCAACCUCCUCCUGAUGAUCUUCGUCCCGCUGCUUGCCCUCCUCGUCCUCGCAGCGCUCACGGCGCUCUUCUGCUGGAAAGUGGCCCAGCACCGCCGCAAGACAGGCGACUUGGGAGACAUGGACGUCAUGCUGAAGGCAUCCAUGGUGGGAGACAGCACUUUAGAGGACUUGCUGAACGACGACUGCACCACGGGCAGUGGCUCGGGGCUGCCCUUCCUCCUCCAGCGAACAGUGGCUCGGCAGAUCACCCUCGUGGAGUGUGUGGGCAAAGGGCGCUACGGCGAGGUGUGGCGAGGCAUGUGGCACGGGGAGAGCGUGGCCGUGAAGAUCUUCUCCUCCCGGGAUGAGCAGUCGUGGUUCCGCGAGACGGAGAUCUACAACACCGUCCUCCUCCGGCACGACAACAUCCUGGGUGAGUGGGGAGCCAGGGGGGCCGGGGCAGCUGCGCGGUGGCUCCACGUUCCCAGCUCUUCUCCCCGUCCAGGCUUCAUCGCCUCCGACAUGACCUCCAGGAACUCCAGCACCCAGCUCUGGCUCAUCACCCACUACCAUGAGAAUGGCUCACUCUACGACUACCUGCAGCGGACGGCCCUGGACGUGGAGACCUGCCUGGGCUUGGCCUCCUCCAUCAUCUGCGGCCUUGUCCACCUCCACGUGGAGAUCUUCGGCACCCAGGGCAAGCCUGCCAUUGCCCACCGCGACCUAAAGAGCAGGAACAUCUUGGUGAAAAGCAACCGGCAGUGCUGCAUCGCGGACCUGGGGCUGGCCGUCAUGCACUCCCAGGGCAGCGACUACCUGGACAUCGGCAACAACCCCCGGGUGGGCACCAAGCGCUACAUGGCCCCGGAGGUGCUCAGUGAGCAGAUCCGCACCGACUGCUUCGAGUCCUACAAGAAGACGGACAUCUGGGCGUACGGGCUGGUGCUCUGGGAGAUCACCCGGCGGACGGUGGUGAACGCAAGCAAAGUUCACUGGGUGUUGACCAGUGGAAAUAUGUUCCCCGCCGCACAGCCGGCGCGGUUAUCUGAGCAGACCGAGAAGGAAUUGCUCGUCUCGAGGGAGAAAGCUGCGAUGGUAUUACAGGGAUGA